AUGAAUUGUCCAACACGAGACACAGAGCCUGCUGGCAGGAUAGGACACAACCAGAACCCUCCACUGUUCAACAACGACACCAACACGAGACGAUCGUUUGACAAAGAUCAAGACAGGACCUGUGGGGGAAAUGAUAUGAACUUGGAUUCCACUCAGGAUGCUGGUGGUGGUGGACCUGAUUUUACAUUGCUACAGAAACGUGAUGGUGAUCUGACCAACGAUGGAAUCGCCCAUGGCAGUGGAGGGGUAGUAAAUGGAGACGGUAGCGAUGCGACUCGACGCGAUGUCAACGAUUCGCUCAAUACUACUACUACUUCUACUACCCUUUCUGCUGCCAUUUCUAGUGGUUCUUCCACUGGUUCUUCAGGUGAUUUUUCCACUGGCUCUUCUACUGCCCCUUCAACUUCACUUACUAAGACCUCGACACAUUCUGUUAAGGGCUCUACUACAGCUUCGAUUGCUGGUUCUACGAAUUCUAUCAACGGUUCUACAGAUUCGAUUAAUAGUUCUAUUGAUUCUUCUACUGCUAAUUCAACAACUUCUAUUAGUGGGUCUACUACACCACUUACAUCAAAUCAUGCUACGUCAUCUACAACUACAAAAUUAUUUGCUUCGUCGUAUCCAACAGAUUCUCGUUCAGUUUCCUCUGUCCGAUAUACGACUUCUGCUGGUGCCGUUAGAAAUGCCACGACAGAACCAACCACUACGGUACAUGGAACCCCUAACUCGAGUCUAGUCACCCCCGCAAUUGUCGCAGCUGCUCCUAGAUCUGGAUCAGACGACUCUGAAACCCUCGCCUCACCCGCCUCACUCGCCUCAUCAUCACGUCUGCUAGAAUCAGCUCCCAUUCUGUACACGUCGCUCGACCCCCCUGCUAAUUACCGCCCGGACGCACCCGACGAUCCUAACCCUAAAUAUCUCUCACUAAAUAGGGGAUUAGUACUGGCAAAGGGUCCAGAUUCGGGCUUACUACAGUCUGCAUUAUCCAACACCCCGCAAAACAUAGUGGACAAUAACUCAGUUGCUGUUAAAAAAGUUCGGUUCAAUACCAAGCCUCCUGAAGAGUUUAGUCAUUCGUUUGAUUUUGACACGAGCCAGGACGACGGCGAGUACGGCAACGAAUCGAUAGACGAAGACGAAGACGACUUUGAUAGCACUGAUUUGGAUCCAAGAGCCAGUCAGUAUUCUGCCAAUAUCCCACUUCUCCAACAGAUUGAUAAUAUUAGACGUCUGAGGGAGCAAGGACAGGUUGACACUAAUAGCAUAUCCAACCUCAACUCACAGUUUGGCUCAAGGUCUAAACCCCGAACUUUGCAUUCUACUCACACAGUCACGUCAGAUAUGACACCAUCCACAUCUGCUGAUACUCCGAGUCCUGCCAGUAGAAGAAGAAACAGCUAUUUAAAACCUAGUGCUCCGAUUAGUUCAUACGGCACUUCUACUACUGAACAGCUCGAUCCACCUGGUGGUCCGAGUCUGUCUGAUCCCAACAGAAACACAACUAUGCCAGGCGGACCCGAUCUUGGCACCACUGCCGAGUCAAAUAUUGAUAGAAGAGGCAGCAGUGGCACAGCUAAUAGUACCGGUUCAGGACGAUCAUACUCUCCAUCUUCGUCAUCUAUUCUCAACAGUUCAAUGUCGUUUAAAGAAAAAAUCGACUAUAUUAUUACACAUUCGCGUAAAGUCGCGUUCAAGUAUGCCCGAUUCAUUGGUCCGGGCAUUAUGGUCUCGGUAGCAUACCUGGAUCCAGGUAAUUACUCGACUGCUGUGACGGCGGGUGCUAUGUAUCAGUACAAGCAUUUGUUUGUGAUUCUACUGUCAAAUGUGUUUGCUGUGUUUCUGCAAAUCCUCUGUGUAAAGCUCGGAUCAGUCACGGGCCUCGACUUGGCUCAAAAUUGCCGAGAACACCUUCCCAGAUGGCUCUGUAUAGCCAUUUAUAUUUUGGCGGAAAUCGCCAUUAUAGCCACUGAUUUGGCCGAAGUAGUAGGUACUGCCAUUGCCCUGAACAUUUUAUUUAACAUUCCUCUGGCGAUAGGCGUGCUUUUGACGGUUCUCGACGUUUUAAUAGUACUCAUGGCAUAUCGACCAAAUGGUCCUGUCAAGUUUGUGCGUUACUUUGAAUAUCUGGUUUCUGUACUAGUAUUUGUAGUGGUGCUAUGUUUCGCAGUGGAACUCAUGAGCAUCGGGCCUAUUGGCCUUGGUACAGUACUAAAGGGAUUUUUACCAUCUCCAGAGCUGGUAGAAUCUGAUGGUUUAUACAUGUCAUGUGGUAUUUUAGGAGCUACUGUUAUGCCUCAUAGUUUAUAUCUCGGAUCAGGACUUGUUCAACCUAGACUCCGUGAGUUCGAUACCAAGCAUGGCUACUUCUCUGACGACUCUUCGAGCGGCACUACACCCAACAUUAUCCAGGACAUUGAGGAUGAGAUUGAAGAAGUUCUUCACGCCUCUUCUGCAUCGAUCUAUUCUAGCAACAGCUCGUGGGAGGCAUCACGGUACCGACCCAGUAUUCAUGCUAUUAAAUAUGCCAUGAACUUCUCUAUUGCAGAGCUCGUCAUGUCGCUAUUCACUGUCGCUAUAUUUGUCAACAGUGCGAUUCUUAUCGUGGCAGCAGCCACUUUAGCCCACUCGCCAGAAGCCGAGGACGCCGAUUUGUUCAGUAUUUAUGACAUGCUUUGGAAAUACCUCGGUCACUUUGCUGCAGUUAUCUUUGCUCUUGCUCUGUUGUUUUCUGGCCAGUCGGCUGGUAUCGUGUGUACCCUGGCAGGACAAAUGGUUUCAGAAGGAUUCCUACAUUGGUCAUUCCAACCGUGGAUUAGACGACUCAUUACACGUGCUAUUGCUAUAGCCCCAUGUCUGCUGGUAGCAUUGUUUGUAGGACGCAAAGGACUGGCUGAUGUUCUCAACGCCAGUCAGGUGGUGCUCAGUUUACUACUCCCAUUUGUAUCAGCUCCAUUGCUAUACUUCACACAAUCCAAAAAGAUCAUGAGCGUGCGCAUCACCGACAGGACCCCCGUCACCACUUCUGGAUCUGACGGGUAUACAGCAGUUGAAACUGACGAAACUACUGUCGGCACGAACUCACCUGCUGUAGCUUACCUUGACAUGAGCAACAGCAAACUCACGAACGGCAUAGCCAUCUUUAUCUUCGUCUUCGUGUCUUCGCUGAAUGCUUUCCUAAUCCUCUCCAUGGCGCUGGGCGCCGACGUUAAAAUGUAG